GGCUGAAUUCAUUGGUACCAGGAGAGAAAGGAAACACAACAUAUCAUUCUGCUCCCGUCCUUAAUUUUACGGUAUUGAUAGCAGUAACAAGGAACAUUAGUUUUGGAAGACAUUAUCUUUGAUGACAUCUUCAGGCUUCUUUCAGAGAUACUGUGAAAAAGGAGGUGGGCAGUCAUUCAGACUGAACCUUAAAGGAAGAUUCUUUGAGAACAAUUAUUCUGUGACCUUAUCCAGCAUCUGAUUAAUUUUUAUUUUGUAGUGGUAGAAGAAGAGACAUCAACUACAUAAAGCCUUAUCUCUAAAUUUCAACUGGAUGCCUUUUGCUUUCAAAGGGAAAUCAUGCUGUAAGCUCUUAUCUGUACAUCUUCUUGUUAAAUGGUUUAGCAAACGGGAGACAGCCUGACAAAAACUACAUCUUAUCACCACCACCAUCUUUGCUGCUUCCAUCUGAAUAAGAAAAAAAAUCUUUUCAUCUACAAGAUUUUAUCUGUAUGGGAUCAUUAAUGCUAUGUCCAGAUACUUGAAGAGAUAUCAUGUUUGCCAAAAAUCUCAAUCACAUAUUUUAGUUUCUUGUGGAGAUUUGUAAUCCCUGGACUACAGAUCAAUAUUCAGUUUUUAAUCAGGUGAAUUAUCAGACAAUAAAAUACCUUUGUAUUAGACUUUUUUUCUACAGAACCCGAAGAAUAAAAAGCACACAAAUAACGGAUGUAAAAUAUGUUUUCAAGUAAACAAAACAAAAAGACUAAACCCCUAAUUUGAAAGUUACAUUUUGGGAUUGAGUUCAUUUGCUGGAAUCUUAUUUAAGGACUUUAAAUAUUUUCAUUGCACAGAAAUAAUUUAUUUGAACAUAAUUAGAGAGACUUUACACUGUUUCGUAAAAAUGAUGCUGAGCCCAGACCAGCCCGACUCAGAUCACCCUUCACAGUCUGACCCUGAGUCAAUGGUUAAUGAAGUAAAAGUGGGUUGUGUUUCUGAUUUUGAGACUUUGGAAGGAGAUGGAAAAGGCAAAAUAGCACAUCCUCAGCAACUUAGUCGAGAAGAGAAGCGCAGAAGGAGACGGGCUACAGCCAAGUAUCGCUCUGCUCAUGCAACGAGAGAACGGAUUAGAGUUGAGGCUUUCAAUGUAGCUUUUGCAGAACUGAGGAAACUGUUGCCUACCCUCCCCCCUGACAAAAAAUUAUCCAAAAUUGAAAUUCUCAGGUUAGCUAUAUGCUAUAUCUCAUAUCUUAACCAUGUACUGGAUGUUUAGAGUCACAUAAAAUAUAUACACAAAUUAAAUUAAAAGAGAAAUCUGGACAAAGAAAUAACCUGCAAAAUAUUUAUGUUUUGUACUCUGUUGGUACAGCAUACAUCUCAUUCAUGAAAUUUUGUCAUGUAAUUAAAAAUCAAAUGCUAACAAAGCACUUGGAUAUUUAUAUAGAAUUGAAGUUUGCCCUUGCACUUAGUAUGUAGUUGAUCUGUUAUAUAAUGAAAGCAAACAAAUCAAGACUUAAAUCAACAGAUGAUGAGACUGCGUACUCACUAUCUCUAGGAAAUAAUGAAUACAAACUAGUAAAUGCUAUUUGGUGUAUGGUUCAAAACUAUUUCACUAAUAGAAUGUUACCACACUAAAAUUCAUAUUUUAAAAUGUACGUGGAAAUGUUGCCUCUUAGAAUUUUAAAUAUGAAAAUGGAAAAUACAAAAUGGCACAAAUGGCAGAAUAACCAAGAAAAAACUUGUAUAAAUUGUUCAUUGAAUGUAAAGAGCAAAAACUAAAUAUUUUGCAGGCAGAUAUGUGUAAUACUUUUCAGGCAGACGUAGUAAAUUCAGCUUAAACUGUUGGUACUCUAAGGUAAGGACUAUAAAAUAAUGAACAAAUAGAAGGCUGACAAGUGCCCCUUUUUAUCCAAAAACAUCUAAUUGUGACCUUAAAAUGUCUUAAGGCUACAGGUAAAAUGAUAAUAUUAUUUAUUUAUAUAAUUUUUCAACUUAUUUUUAUGAAUGUAUUUAUUUUUAAUAGUAGUUUUGAAUAAUUUGUGCCAAUUUGUUAAUAUGGUCAAGUGUUUACACCUUUACUGUAAACUGUUUAUGUCUCUUUUGGUGUUUGUUGAAAGUAUAACAAAGUGAUAUUUUGGCUCUUAUAUUGCACUUGUAUCUGGAUUUGUUUUUCUGUUCUAAACUAUAUUUUGUAAAUUUACUUGUCUAGUCUGGAUACUUUUUUUCUGUGAGCUUGAGAAUAGCACACCAAUAUUGGGGUAGAGAGUUUUAGAACAUGUUAUUCUUUUAUGUAUAUUUUGUCAGACACUGUCAAACCAAUACAGGGCAGACUGUUUCUCUGAAUUUUGGAAGAAUUUAUUAGAAUUUUAUUCCUGAAAUUCUAGAACUAUCUCCCUUUGUUACAACCAAAAAUGAUUUUUGCAAGUUUCUUGUUAUUUGGUGUGAAUCUCUUUAAAAAAGAAGUGCAUUUUGUAGUGGAAACAAACAUAUCUGCUAUCCAAAGAUAUUAGUCUUUUUCAGGGUUUCUAUUGUGUCUUUGUUGCUUUAUAUACGCAAUAUUUUGUAGUGAAAAUAGAUAAAUCUGGUUUCUAACUGAGACAUUUUUCAUAUUUAUUCAUGAAUGGUGCACUGUUUUGAAUAUAAAUAAAUAUGUAAACUCUGA